GGGCGUUUUGCUAGCAGGUUGCUAGGUGUUAGCCAGUUUUGCUAACGCCUAGCCAAGCCGAAGUUCUACUUUCACUUUCUGACAACCAGGAGCGGCUUCAGAGGCGAGACGCUUCCCGGGAAACGAAACCACACUCAGCCGCCGCGUCUCCGGCUCUCUCCUGGAAGUCAUACAUGAACUUUUUUCCGCCUCGGCGACGAUUUUGGGAGUCGUAGCCGUGCGGCGUGUGAAAGUUUGUCAGCGAACCAGCGCGCAGGUUAACGCAGUUUCAGCAGCUAACUUCAGCGGCUAGGUUAGCAUGGAGGGCUGCGGACACACGAGCACCGACGAGAGGGGAGCGGAGAAAGCCAUGGACGACUACCUGAGAUCGAUAGGUCUGCAUCGGAAGAAGAUUGCCAAGGACGGGUCGUGUUUGUUCAGAGCUGUCGCGGAGCAGGUGCUCCACUGUCAGAGCCUUCACACCAAAGUUCGAGCCAAGUGCGUGGAGUUUCUGAAGCAGAACAGAUCAAGCUACGAGGCGUUUAUUGAAGGCGACUUUGAGGAUUAUCUGUCAAAACUUCAGGAUCCUCAGCAAUGGGUGGGUGAAGUGGAGAUCAGCGCACUGGCUGCCAUGUACAAGCGGGACUUCCUGAUCUUCCAGGAACCUGGAAAACCUCCGGUCAACAUCACAGACAAGAACUUCAAGGACAAAGUGCAGUUGUGUUUCCUGAACGGGAAUCACUACGACAGCGUCUAUCCCAUUAGACACAUGAAGAGCUCGGCCGUCUGCCAGUCGCUCCUGUACGAGCUGCUGUACGAGGGCGUGUUCUGCGUGGAGCGCGGCGCCCUGGGCAUGUGUCAGCGGACCGGACGACCUUCUGACCUCCUGAGUGACGACAGCAUGACCGUGUGUCAGAGCAGCGACGAGUCGGACGUGGAGGCGGACGGGCCGCUGUGGGUGGAAAACGAAACUUCUACAAGACACAGCUACAGGGGCCGCGGGCGUGGCCGGCAGCUGCCUGAGAGAGUGAGACGUUCACUGAACCCGACUCUGUUCAGGAACAUAGACUACGACUUCUGGCACAAGACAAAGAGAGCCCAACAAAAGAUGGACUACUGCAUCGCUGCGGGGAUGCAGUACACUGUGGGCGACCGCUGCAAGGUUCGUCUUGAGAGCAGUGGGCGGAGCUACAAUGCCACUGUUAAGGAAGUGCCUCCCAACAGCGACAUGGUGGUCGUUCACAUAGAAGAACUGGGAAAGAAACAAGUCCCUCUGUGGCGUCUGCGUCCUCCCAGUGAGGAAAGCAGUUGGAGCACUGUGGUCAAAGACAAGAGACUCAGCAACGGACACGGAGGUCGGGGGAAACUUGCGUCUCAGUCCUCCUCUGGCUCUCAAGUGGCGGCGCCGGGCUUUAAUGGGCGUGUCCAGAAGCAGCACUCGUGGUCCCCGCAGGUCAACGCGGAGGAGAAGGGCGGAGCCAAACCCGUCAGGAAGUCCAUUAGCCUGGUGGAGAGUGUGAAGGAGGCGGAGCUUCUGUCCAAAGACAUAGAGGCGGCGGAGGAGGAGGAGGAGGAGAUCCAGCUCCGAGACGAGCAAGAGUUCCCCGCCCUCAGAGUGGACGGAGGGAAGCAGGGAGAGAAGAGGAAAUCGCAGAGGAACAAGACGAGGAGUCCAGACGAGGACACCGGAGCAUUGUCUCCCUCUGCUGGACAAAGACCCAAAUCUUGCACUCCACCACUGGCGACCACUGCUGCUGCACCUCCUUCAUACACCACCUCUCCAACUCCACCCUCUAGCCCCGCCCUUCCGCGCACCUGUGCUGCCCCGACCACGAAACCAACUCCUACAGCUGCUGCCGUCGCCCUGCACUCUAAACCCUCUGUGACGAGUGGAGCGCCACCUCUCGCAGUUCCCUGCUCUGCCUCCGUUUUCGCCUUCCUCACCCCUGUCCUCCCCACUGCCUCGUCACCCCCGUCUUUACCCGCCUUCUCCUCCUCUUCUCCUACCUCAUCGUCCUCCUCCUUGCUUCCUGUUAAAUCCUCCGCCCCUCCUCUUCCGUCUCCCACCUUCAUCGCCCCCAUCGCUCCUUCUCCUGUCACAGCUCAGGGUUUCCUCCCGUCCUCCUCCCUCCACCGUGCCUCGCUCCCUCACUCCCCCAGUCCACCCUCCGACUCCUCUUCAUCUCUUCCUCAUCAUGCGGCUCAAACUCAAGAAGCUCCUGCUCGAAGUCUCGUGUCAAACUCUGCACCUUCUGUGUCCCAAAACCAGAGCCAAGUCUCUGAGUCCCAGAUUCAAACCCAGACUCGGAGUUUGACGUCUCUGCCGCAGACUCACAACGUGCUGCAGGAGAUGCACACACAUGUCCAGUCCUCGGUUCCUCACAUCCAGAACCAGUCCCAGACCCAGAACCAGACCUCCUUCUCUCAGCCACAGUCUCAGACCCACUUCUCUCAGUACCAUGACUCUCUUCCUCAGACCCAGACUUCUCUUCCCCAGACCUCGUUCCCUCAGAGCACGACCUCUGUUUCUCACCUCCAGCCUCAGUCUCAGACCCACUUCUCUCAGUACCAGGCCUCUUCUCCUCAGACUUCCCUCCCUCAGACCCAGACUUCUCUUCCCCAGACCCAGACCUCGUUCCCUCAGACCACGACCUCUGUUUCUUACCUCCAGCCUCUGUCUCAGACCCAGACCCACUUCUCCCAGUCCCAGUCUGAGAUGAUCCAGGUUCAGCCACCUCAUCCUGCUCCAGGGACUUCCUUCCCCCAUCCUCACCUCCAUGCUCACCCACUUCAGCAGCCUUACCCCUCCCUCGGUGUUUCCGCCUCCCCGACUCUCCAAACUCCACCCCAAACUGAAUCCACGCAGCCAGAGUCUGCGGCUCCUCCCCCCUCUUCCCAGCACUUCCUCACCGCUCACCCUCCUCACCCUCAGUCCAUCCCAGGAGCGGUUCCUCUGCAGAAGCUGUCUCAGCUCUACCAGGACCCUCUCUAUCCUGGUUUUCCUCAGGAGGAAAAGGGAAACAUGGCCCCGGUUCCACCACUCUCCUCCAGCAGGAAGGGGGACGACCUUCCUCGAGAUCUGAACAUUCUGAGGUUUUUCUUCAACCUGGGCGUGAAGGCGUUCUCCAUGCCUCUGUUACCGCCCUACUUCUACCUCCUCCCCCUCCAACAGGCCUACACUCUGCAGCCCAACCCUCCCUCCCGUUCUCCCUCACCCACCCCUGCCUUCCCUCCCUCCGGCUCCCCCUCUGUUCACCCGGAGUCGUACGCUCAUUAUCCCCCAAACCCCGCGACGCCGCCUCAGUACGGACACCAGGCACCACUCGGUGAUGCUUCAUGUCCCAGCGAGCCCUCCUUUAACCAGACGGGGUUUUCUGUCACACAGGCUCCUCCCCACAGGAUGCCCUGCACCUCGUUUCCAUGGCAACAGCACCACAUGGCAGCCGCGUCACCCACAAACUCCAGCUACGUGGCCGGGUAUCCUUCAUCGACUGUGCCGUACCAGGUUCCUCCUCCGCAGGGUUACCACCCAGGUCCGGGCACGGGUCGCCCCCUGUACCCGCCCACCAUGUCCCCGUACCCGCCGUCCUCGCUGGCGUUCCAGCCAUCGUCCACGCCGGAGGACGUCCUCAUGAGUCGGGGAGUGAUGGAGCAGCUUCUCGUCAACAACGGGGACACGGUGUCUGGACAAGCCCCCGGUUCACUGGAGAGUCUGGCUGCUCCUGCUAAUGUGGCUAAUGCUAACAGCAGCAGAGCGAUGGUGGUUCCUAGUCUGUUGAGGAACGAACAGGGAGAGAGUCUGACGAGAACCGUGCUGCUGGUCGACCCGCCGCUCAACAACAGACCAAUACUCGCUCUCGUCUCUGACGACCCCGUCUCCAUGACGACCAUGAAGCCCAACAGCAGCCCUGCUGGCUCCCCGUCCCAUUUUGCCGUCGUCUCCACGGUGGCCGCCCCUGGCGACGUCUACCACGUCCACCCGAAACACUAUGGCGCCAAAAGGACGGGUCACGCGUCUCCCAGUGUCAUCUCAGAGUCGCUGUCAGUCGGCUGCAGCACGGAGGACACGUGGGAGGAGUCGGAGGGAUUCAAACCCUCGACCCUGAACAACAGGGGCCACAGGAGGUUCUUCAGAGGAGCAAGAGGGAGGGGCGGGGCCUAUGAGGGGGGGAGGGGAGGACACAGGAGGAGAGGGGAGGGGUUUAACCAUGGGCAGUUUGGCUCCUCCUACAGGGGGCGGGGAUAUUAAAAGGGCUAAAAGCUUCCAAUCAGAGAGGACAGUGGGUUGCACUUUUUUCGUUGCCAUUUUUAGAUCCAGGAACAAAUCAAAAAUAUUUGUUUAUCUAUUUUUGAUUUUUGUCUUCUAGGUUUUUUUUUGUUGUUUAAAACACUAUCAAGCUCAUUGUUAGCUAGCUAGGUAUCGUGGCAUGUUUGGCAAGUUAACGCAAAAACUAGAGAAUAUCGCUCACUUUUAAGAACUUUCCCUAUUUUUUUUCUGUGAAGCUGCAGCGAAUUUCGUACGAUAGAAAUUUAAUUUCAUAUCAGACACCGUUUUUAUUUUUUAUGUUGCUCGACAAUCGUUGUUCGCCGCGAUCAUUGAUUAAAACCUGGCAUAAAAAAAUUGCAACAUUGGACAAAAACUGAUUCUUAUUCGCUCUAAAAAGAUUUGUACAUUUUUGUUUUGUUAAAUCUGCUCGACUGCGAUAAAUCACUGUGUGGCUCUGAUGUUUUUCAAACUUUAUGCUCAGCUAAACUGUACGUUAACUGGCUAGCUAACGUUCAUGUCAGCAGCAGUUGUUGGGCUCAGGAUUAGCACAAGGGAGCUUUAGCUGUAGAAAAGAAACUGUGGAAAAAUUGCAAAUUUACUCACCUUUUUUCCCCAGUCUUUAAUGCUAGGCUAAGCUAGCCGUCAGUAAGAAUUUUCUUCCUUCUUUGUUGAACUGUGCCUUUUAACUGCAGCUGGAAUCCCAGAAUUUGCAGCGUGCCCACGCAAAAAAAACAAACGCAACAUUUAACCUUUAACUUAUAAAGCUCUGAGCAAGUUUGUCGAGCUAAGAUGGUGUUAGCGCCGCAAGCUAAAAAACAACGUGGUUUUAACAGGAGUCAAAGCUGCAGAGUCACUGGUGUUGUAAAGCUGUGUAUGGACUUGUUUGUCUUUGGUUACUUUUUUUUUCCAUUUAUUUUCUUCAUGUUUCUUUUUCCUGUUUUUCUUUUUUUCGGAUUUGGCUCAGACUGUAGAGUUUUGGUGCCUUAAUGUUUACGAACUUUUACCGUCUUCUGAGAUUGAAGAGCACUGCUGUACUGAACGAAGGCCGCUGCUUGUUUGGAUUUUCUGUGACUGAAUUAAUAAAACUAUGGUUCAGGUAA